AUGGGUAAACUCAUAAAGUCAGGGCAAUUACCUAAAAGAAUAUGGAUAUCGUUUUUAAGAAAUUUUCUAUCGAAAUUUGCCAAAGUUAGACUUCGAAGAGCAACCACUUGUGCAGCUAGUAAGAUUAUUUUCAGUAAGAAAGUUGCUGAAGUGAUCCAUAUUGGAGUUGCUGAAGAAAUUAGCCAAGAUACUUUGGAUUUCUAUUGGGCAUAUUUGGUCAAUUAA